UGCGUUCGGUUGGACCCGCUGUUCCCGACGAUUCCGCGUGAUUCUAAUACCCGGUUUGGUGCAAUUUUAACUCGUAACGCCUGCGCAUUCCUCGUACCCACAAUCCUACGUUCGGAGUGCUAACUGUUUGGGUUUUUUGACAAAAACAUAAUCGUAAUUGUGAGAAAUUUAAAAACUUGUUCAGAGUCGCUCAGCUUUUGGAUUUACGCAUUUGGAUUUUUGCCCCACUUACCACACCGACGGAUUAAAAGAAACAACUCUAUCACGUGCCGAAGCUACAAGUUGUUGAUAAGUCGCUGGGCAAACAACGAACGAGACCCGAAGACCCCAAAAUAAAACCCGUUGAGAAGUCGGCAGCCAAAAAGCUGAAUACAGAAACAAAUAAACCCAAAUCCAAACCCAAAUCUCUGGGCUGGCAUUUCAUUUACCUGGCUCGCGUUACGUGGUGCGGUCGGUGUGUCUCUCGUCUGCCCGCCAAAAAGAAAGUCACGACGACAGAAACGAGAUUUCCAAGAUUCUGCAACGAAAGUCAAAGUUACAAGUUUACUCCAAAUUCGAGUCUUUCGGUUCGGUUCAACGUCUUCUGUCACUCCGGUACCCGUCUCCGUGCUUUUUUUCGGCGGUGUCUCCUCCGUGUGUGCCACAUUUAGAAAGUGAAAAUCGAGUGCAGUCUGUGCCAGGUUGCCUCUGGGCGCUGCAGCUGAAAGUGAAUUUGGACGGCAAGGGAUUUCGGGUCUUGGACGUCAAAUUCAUCAUUAACCAUUAUCCAGCGGUAGCCCGGGAAUUCGGCUACUCGAAACCACUUCUCAUUCAUCGGCAGGAGGGCCCGGCAUAAAGGUCCCAGCAACAAUGGAGGCCGAGGAAGUUACAAAACUCGUCGAUGGCGUGUACAGGAACAUACUCGAUCGAUUCAAUCCGGGAGCCAGGCAGCUGAUCGCGGCGGGCAAAAGCUACCUCAAGGCGUUGCACGGUGCCGCAACCGCCUCGCGUCUAUUCAAUGAAGCAUUGGCCAAGAUUGCGAUGAACGCCCAGCAGAGCGGAACGGGCGAUAUUGGUUCGGCUUUGAUGAGCGUUGUGAAUGUCAACAAGGAGAUACAGGAACAGCAGAUGAAUAUUCUAAAAGCCUUCUACGUGGAUCUACUGGUGCCAUUGGAAACGAAUCUGGAGAAGGACACGAAGGUGGUGCAGCAUGAGCAGAAGAAAUUCCUGCAGCAGCACAAGGUGCGCAUGGAGAGCUACCAGAAGGCCGUCUCCACCAUGAAGAAACAGCGCAAGAAAAAGGCCACGCCCGAGAACACCGAAAAGGAGCUGAGGAGCUUGCAAGUGCUGGAGGACCAGAAGAAGAAGCUAGAUACGUUCUGCGAUCAGAGUUAUAAGAAUGCCAUGACACAGGAGCGGCGACGCUAUGGAUUCGUCUUGGAGCGCCAGUGCUCCAUCGCCAAGCACUGGAUGGCCUACCACACCACCGGCAAGACGGUAAUUGAUAAUAAUUUCGAAAAUUGGCAAGAGAUUGCCGCUUCUCGUGAGAUCAUUCCCCCGGCCGCGUACGAGAGCGGCUACGGCAGCAGCAGCAACGGCCACCAGAACAUCAGCGGCAACAUGCGACGCCUGGAGCGUAUCAAGGAUGGAGACGAUGACCAGCUACAAGGACACGGUGCCCAGCUGAAGAAGUCGCGCAGCAUCGACGCCCCCUACGGGGAUAUGCGUACUCUCCACGAGCGUGAGAACAUCUCCGGAAUGGGCGGGGCCGGGUCCUCGCACUACGCCCAAAACUCGCUUCCGCGCGCCAAGUCCGACUUUAAUUUGGCUUUGGUGGGCACUGGACCGAGCUCAGGCAACAAACACAAGAUCAUUGAGGAGCAGCUGGCACCUUUGGGCGAUGACCAGCGCGGCGAUCAGCGGCCACUGGUAAAGGCGCUCUAUGCCUACAUGCCCUCUGGGGAGAACCAGCUGUCCUUCGAGGAGGGCGACCGCAUUGCCCUGGUGGGCGGCAAGGCCAAGGGCUGGCAGUUUGGCGAGAAUCUGCGUACCCAGCACUUCGGCUGGUUCCCGGUGGCGUACACUAAUGCAGAGUCUACGGAAUCUUCGACCUCUGGCGGACGGCGCUACGAAAAUAUGUUGAUGAGCUACGAGCGAAAUGGUGGUGGAUCGGGCUCCGGUUCUGGGGCAGGUGGCCUACGAAACUACCAGCAGCAGCAGCAGGACUACGAGGCCCAACUGGAGCUGAUGGAGAGCCACGAGGCCACGUACCGAAGGCGACGCAACCACAGUGCCGAGGAGUCCUCGCCCACGCGAAUGUUCGGUGACACCAUCAAGCAGCAGAAGAAGUAUCGCGCCGGCUCUGGAGCUAAUCCACGUCCAGGUCCACCACCAACGCUGCCCGCCCCCGUGCCAGUGCCCAGUGGACAGCAGAGCCAGUCCUCCCGAAUGCUAAACAGUUCGCAGAGUUUCUGCGCCACGAAUGGAGGCGUUCCGUCGGCGGUGGAGAGACGCAAGCAGAAGCUGUUGAACGGUGUCCAGAGCCAUCCUUCGGGCAAGUCCGGAGUUGCCGCGAAGACCUCGCUGCACAGCAGCAAUGACAGUGGAUUCGCCAACGAGCCACCGCCACAGCCGGAGGUGGACUACUCCGAUGAGGAAGCAGCCACGCAGAGAGUCCCCAUACGACGACGAGCGGACACCAAUUCGCACACCCACACGGUGCCUCGGGAUGUGGCUUCGUGGACAUUAAACCGAAAUUUCCGGAACAGCGUGGAUAGCCAGAUCGAUGACAAAAGCCUCCAUCGGCUGAGCCGGCAAAGUGGAGCAGGCAAGAUGCGUUACGACCUGAUUGCCUCCGACGAUGAGAUCCUGCAGGCCUCGAGUGCCGGUUUGAAGCGCACAAAGUCCUUCUGGAAGUUUGGCGGUGGGCGCAGUGGCGAGGAUAUCCUGGCUGGCAUGUCCUUGUGGCAGCACCGCGACUUGGUGGCGGCUCCCAAUCUCGAGGACAUGCGCGACCGGGAGGACUUGGAGCGGCGUUCCGAUGAAGAGCGCAACGGCACUCUAACCAAGUCCCACAACUCCAACUCAUCGCAGGAGAAGCCAGGAAGGGGACGAAAGGACAGCCUGACCAGCACCGAGCCCUACGGGGAUGAGGAUGAGAACCUGUACGGUGUGAGUCCACAGCAGCAGCCACAGCCGCAGAGGAGCAGCUAUACGCCCAAGUCGCGCAUGAAGAUAAUGAAAACCAUUGAAAUAGACAUCGAAGAGCCGACGGAGAGCGAGCGUAUGAGCACCAUGCGGCGUGGCCAAUCACAGGAGCAGCAGCAGCUUCAGCAACAGCAGCAUCGCAAGCUGGACAAGCAGGCCUCGGCCGGAGCAGGAUCGCAGCACAAGUCGCAGACUCUGAGCCGCUCCAAGCCCACCCAGCAGCAACAGCAGCAGCAGUUCCCCCAAUCCACGGACGAGGGCGAGAGCGAUGAGCAUGGAACCCUGAAGCUAAGCGAUGUUAACAACUUCUUUGAUGAGGGGAAGGGUAAGAGCCAUGGUCACGGUCAUGGCCACGGACUGGUCAUGAAGACGGUGAAGCGCCAGGACAUACUCAAGCAAUACUACACCAGCGAGGACGAUGAGGAGUCCGAUGCGGAGUUGAAGUCAACUAGCUCUGACCCGUACGACUGCAUAGUGAUCAACGAUCAUUUGGUGCGCAAGGACGACAAGCUGCGCCGUCACCACCAGCAGCACCAGCAGAUGGAGUUCCACACCUUCCGCUCCUCCACGUCCACCACGGCGACCAACACGCUAAAGAAGGGCUCCUCGAAGGAGCAGGACAGCACCUUGACCCGCAAUUCAACCGCCAGUUCGGGCGCCCCAACGGCCACCAUUCUGCCGCGCACCCGCCUCCUCAAGUCAUCCAGCUCCUCCGGCAACAACAUCAACAGCAGUGCUACACUGGAACGGAACUCAAAGAGCCUGGCGGGCAACAAGAGCUACGGCCCGUGGUAUGACUUUUGGGAUCAGGAGCAGCAUGGAAUCACAGGCCAGAAAUCAUCGAGUGCCAAGCUGAAGUAAGGAGAGACCAGAGUACAGGAUGACCAUGGAGUUUCGCCGUCUUCUUACAGGAUAAGAAAAUGAGCAGAGAGUGUGGGAGUGGAUGAGCUGCAGCGGAAGUGUUGACAGUAAACCCCUUACCUUAUCCCAAAAUCCUUUCCAGUUGCCUUGUAUUUUUUUGUUAAACUUAAGCCAGAGUUACCCUGUAAAAUGAUAGCCUAAGUCAAGCAAUGUUUCGUUUGUUCUAUGUAAAUAUCUUAUAUUAGUUUAAAAAGGUACUUAAAAUACCUGUGUGGGUGAACUGGGCAGAAUGUCAGAGGAAACUCCACAGUACAAGGAC